AUGGCGGCCGCAGCGCAUACUGUACCAGGCCUUGAACUGUCGACUGUCGACGACAUGGAUCUGCAUUCCGAUGAUGGCGGCCUCGACUUCAACGAUGGUGACAUCGAGUUGGAUCUCGACCCCCCGCCUUCCCACACACAGGAUGACGAGAUGUCUAUGAAUGAUGCAGCCUCGGCCAACGGCCUAGAUGCGGAAAAUGCACAUGGCGAGCAAGAUGACUUCAUGGUUGACCAAGAGGAUGUAAUUGAGGAGGAUUAUAGCUACCAGGAGGAUGACGGCGUCAUAGUCGUUGAUCAGCCAGAGCCACUCACCUCACAGCCUGUACCGGUCAACUCUCCGCCUAAUCCAGUCAACCUUCCACCGAUCCAGACCGAUGCGUCGAAUCAAGAUGAAGAUCUUAUCGACUAUUCCGAAGAAGAGGGCGAAGACUACCACAACCCCGAGCUCCGUUCACCAUGGCUGCGACAAGAAAGCUACCAUUCUGAAGCUCAAGACGAACAGACUAAGGAUAUCACUGAACAACAAGACGAGGUACCCGCUGACUUGCAAGCUUUGCUCUCGAUGCCUGCAAACAAUAAGUCGCCCAGUCCACUCGUGGAAGCUCGGAAUCUAGCUGAUCACAGCUCAGACGGUCUAGCGGCAGACGAACGUGCACACUCGCCCCUCCCACAAUCUGUCAAGGAUGACGAUGAAGAAGGUGUCCGGAAUGAUGACGGCGAUGACGACGGCGGUGUGAUGCUGCCAGGCCAAGGAGAACACGCAGACAAUGAGACACAGAACCAUGAUUCGGCGCAUCAAAGCUAUGAUCAAGAAGCCACUACUGAAGGCAACGAGCACCAAGACCCAGAGUCGUUUGAAAUCCCCUCUGUUACUGUGAACUACCAAGGCGAAGAGAUGUGGCUGUUCAAACAACACGACUACGAUAACAGUGGAGAGUGGCUCAUCCAAGACAUCUCGCUUGCAAAAGCUAGCUUGUCAGAUCUUUUCCAGGCAUGCCGUCUAUCCCUCGGUGAAGAUGUGUCAGGAGAGACAGAAAUUGGUUUCAAAUUUGAGCAUCUACAAAACUUAGAGAUCUUCGAGGAUAACACAGCAUGCGUAGCUGUUUCACUUGAACGUCUCGUAGGAUACUACCAUGCAUUACAUGCACACGAUGGUAAUGACGUGCCAGACUCGUUCUAUAUCUCCUUGAUGUUUCGACCGCGCUUCGCUACUUUACUCGCAGACAUUGCAAAAUAUGCCGAUCAAGGAAGCGGCUAUUCUGUUUUCGAGGCUGCUGUGGUUGCUGGUGAGACACAUUUCGCUGGCAUGAUUGGUGGUGCUUCGAGCGAUGAGCCCACUGAGUGGGGCACCCAGGAACAAGAGCAAGAAUACGAUGAGCAGCAAGUAGAGCAAGAAGACGAUGAGCAGCAGGUAGAGCAAGAAAAACCCGAGGCGCCAGAGUUUGUAAAUGAAGAAGCGCAGCUGCGAGAACUUGAUGACGAGGGUGGUCAAAACAAAGAAAAGAGCAACCAAGAGACCAGAGAUGAUAAGAGAGAGGAUGAAGGGGAGGAUGAGGGAGUAAAGGUGCAUGAGGACGAACACACUCCAGCCGAGCAUGAUUCUUCCCACGAGCUCGAACAUAAUGAAAAGAAUCGUGAGCCGAGUGCUCAUGAGGAGGAGAGCGUCAAGCACACCAAAGAGGAAGAGGCUGAAGUGCAACAUUCACCUCACGAGGAGGAAUCGACUACUGAGGAAGAUCACAAUCUGCAAGCUGCUAAUCCUAUUGACAUUUUCGCAAAUCCUCAGGGAGUAGUAGACCAACCCCAUCAGGAAAGUCCAAAACUGAGCGAGGAGACUGAUGCUGAGGCAGAGGCUCGCCGCUUGCAGGAGCAAGAAGACUUUGUCGACUACAGCGACGAAGAAGACGAGCCUGCUGUAGAUACCAAGGAAGCUGGAGGAGCACCCGCUACUGAACUCUCACCCUCAUCUGUGACGCUCCAAGGCGACGAGUCUGUCGACGCAGAUGAACAUGGAUCCGUCGCAGGCUCCAACAGCCACGAUGACAAGGCCAGUGAGAACGAUGAGGCACUUAAUGAGGAGUCUCACGUCGAACUGGAAAACGACAAAACCGAAGGCAAUGAUCCAUUGUACCAGGAUGGUGUUCAAAUCGACGACGAACAUGACGUAUUCCAGGACUUUCACGUAAAUGGAACAGAUGAAUAUGCUGCAGAUGCAUAUGAUGGCGACAUUAACCAAGACUUCGCCAACCAUGAAUAUCAAGACUUUGAUGACCAGCCAGAGUUGGAUUUCAUGAACGGAGAUGAAUUCAACGCUGCCGGUGCCGAGACAGCGGACGGUAACGAUCUGACUGGUACGGACGACUUCCUGGAUCUGGAAAAUAACCCUGAGUGGGACGCCGACCAGGAACUGGCCCAAGAGGAUUCGGAGAACACAGCCAAUGCACAUGAUCACGCCGAUACCCAAGAUGGAGAGGACGGUGUGGCUGGACAAACUUCGUACGCAACGUCUUCGGCUGCAGAUCCUGCGACGGCCUCGUCUAGCAAUGCCCAAGAAGUGUCCCCUCAGGGACAGAAGCGAUCUAUUGACGAGGCUGGACAUGGAGAGGAUAAUGCAUCUGACUCGAUAGACGCCAAGCGCACCAGAGUGUGA